CAGGGAGAACUUUCCGGCAGCCUGUGCUUUAAUCCCCGAAUCCGUUCAUGUUAAGAACUGCAGUUUAGAUCCAGUUGCAUUGCCAGUUGGACAGCCUAAAAAGCCAGCUGGAAGAAGGCGGAUAAGAAGUGAGAACCGACAGCAAAAAGGGUCAUCACUGCUGGGACAACCAGAGAUGACCGAACCUGCGAGCGCUUGGCAGUUGCUGAGUAAAGCUGGGGAAAUCUGGCAUACGCAUUCCAAAUAGUAACAUUUUCGGUUACGCCUAGCAGCGCUUAGGGAGUAUAUAAGCAUCUGCUUGAAAUGGACUUUUCUGCGGAAAGACUGCUACCAUCAGGCUCAGCAGAGGUGCCAACCUGGGCUCCCGCCUGGGCUUUCAAAGAGGCACAAGGCUAAUCACCUGUGGUGAGUCUGACUCUCCUCCAGGUGACUGAAGGCCCUCAAUGUGCCAUGCAUGGCUAGGACAGGUUCCAGGACAAGGCACUACCAUGGGGUCAUCCAACCAUUCCUCGGUGCAGCCGAACGACACUGACCUGUUUAACAAAUUUGUCCACCUGGAUAAAGAACUGUCUGACACUUUUUACACGCUGUGGAUUGCACUGGUGGUGGUCAACGCUGUCAUUUUCCUGGUGGGGGUGGUCUUGAACUCGCUGGCCCUCUAUGUCUUCUGCUUCCGCACCAAGACCAAGACCACAUCGGUCAUCUACACCAUCAAUCUGAUCAUCACGGACCUGCUGGUGGGCUUCUCCUGGCCGAUCCGGACCCUCAUGCACUACAGCGCCAGGGACUGCAAGAGCUGCGCACUCAUCCACAUCUUCACCUACUUUGUCAAUCUGUACUGCAGCAUCCUGUUCCUCACCUGCAUCUGCAUAGACCGGUACCUGGCCAUUGUGCAGGUGGAAGCCUCCCGCCGAUGGAGGAACCCCAACUACGCCAAGGGCAUCUGCAUCUUCAUCUGGGUCUUUGCCACGGCGGUCACCUUCUCCAUCCUCACCAUGGCCAUGAAGUUCUCCUACUGCUGCAUUGCCCAGAUCUUGCCCCUGAUGGUCUGUGAGUACUUCUUCCCCCUCAUCAUCAUCACCUUCUUCACCACCAGGAUCAUGUGCGCCCUCUCCAAGCCGACCCUCAUGCACCAGAGCCGGGAGAGGCGGAUGCGGGCGGUGCAGCUCCUCAUCACGGUCCUCAUCAUCUUCAUGAUUUGCUUCACGCCCUUCCACGUACGCCAGCUGGCCAUCUCCAUCAACCCAGGCAUGCCCUACAACAUCAGCUUGGUUUUCUACCACGUGACAGUCACCCUAAGCAGCCUCAACAGUUGCAUGGACCCAAUUGUCUACUGCUUUGUGACCAACAACUUCCAGUCGACCAUGAAGAACAUCUUCAGGAAGACUGAACCCGAGCAAACCAGUGGGGACAUCAUCAGUGUCAACAAGGGAUCGGGUUCAAAUGCAAUUAUAGCCUUUACCAAUGCUAUAGGGACUCCACUGGGCCUGCCUUCACCAAACAGUACAGCAAACUCCUAGAGGCAGGGAGUUCCCGAUGGAGGCUGCUGUAAAUGUUGAUGGGAUAUGAGGUACUAUCCUCUUUUCUAAGGGUACUUUAGAACAUUACACUGACCUUCAGAACUCCUUGUGUUCUCCAGGGAUACUGUCCCUUUGUGUAUGGCAGCUGGUUUACUCAUCUGGGAAAUGAUCUCAUGAACUUUCCACUCAUGCUCAAAUUCUGGGAUUGUGUCCCAGGAUGCAUUCCGCAACCUGACCCUGUACCAGCUUCGCCAACCUGAGAAUGUUGGAGAAAAGAACAGAUGCCACGACAUAUUUUGACAUGUCUAUCAUCAUCUAGGGGUCUGGAAACAAAGAACAGUGUUGUUUUGAGAAAGAAAUCCCUCAGAUGUCUAUGCUACAGAUUGUUAUAAAUAUGACAAAGACCUGUGUUUGCAGAGGAGGAUAAAUAGUUGUGGAAUGCUAGGGUGGCAAUUUUAAAAGACAACAUGCCCAACCCAAAGAAUAGGUGGAAUAAUGAACAAGAGAUCCAAAAGCAUAAUUAACUGUAUUUUAGAACUGUGACAGGAAAGAAAAUGUAUUUCUGAAAAAAUUGUGAGUUUUGGAAUGAGCAGCCCAGGGUAACUUAGGGUCAAAUUGCGAGUUAGAUGUAGUAGGGGGAGUCCUGAUGGACCUACUUCUGUGCUAAAUAGCAACAGCAAGAAGGGCGAUUACCAGAGAAGAAGCAAUGAAAUGCUUAACCUUGACUCUACCUACUGCUCUUCAGCUUCAACUUCCAUCUUCAUCUAUUUUUUCCCUUCCGGGAUCCAUGUCUUCCUAAGGGUCAGAAAACAUCUGUGUGGAGAUAAGCUGCAACAGGAAGGUAGCAAGCAGGGAAAUUAUUACGCAUCCCCAUUGCAGGCUAUUGAAUUUUCUGACAUGAGAUUGACUGGGUUCAGACAACACAAUAACCUAGACUCAAGAACUGAGUGUAGACUGAGUGUGCAUUUUCAUUAAACCAUGGGUUGCUUUUAAAAUAUGAGUUAUCAUUUGUCUGCACCCAGUCAAGAUAAACCAUGGUAAACAACCCACACUACCCAACAACAAACCAUGGAUUCUCUUCAUGGGUUGUUCAUAGCUUUAGCACUGCUGGGUUCAGACAGCACAAUAGCCCCCAUUUCAGCAACAAUCUACAUUCAACUCAUACUCAGCCCUCGAGGGUGAGUUAUCAUGUGGUCUGAACUCAGUCGCUAUGUGUAAUGUGUAGUUUGGCCGUGCACCAGAAGUCCAUUUAUUACUCUGGCUAACACAAGUGUUUUCUUUGUUUUUAAUACAGGUCAUUCAGUAGUAGCAUAAA